UCGUGGCCCGCGCGCGCGCUUCUCUCCGGCGCGGGCACCGGCGCGGGCCAUGGCUCCAUCCUCUCUGUUAUCCUCGUUGGCUGUGCGGUUGCUGCGCCCCGCGCACGGCUGCCACCCCCGCCUGCAGCCCUUCCACCUGGCGUCAGUGCGAAACGAAGCUGUCGUCAUUUCUGGAAGGAAAUUGGCUCAGCAGAUCAAGCAAGAAGUGCGGCAGGAGGUGGAAGACUGGGUAGCCUCGGGCAACAAGCGGCCACACCUCAGUGUCAUUUUGGUUGGUGACAAUCCUGCCAGUCACUCCUAUGUUCUCAACAAAACCAGGGCAGCAGCUGAAGUGGGAAUCAACAGUGAGACAAUUGUGAAGCCAGCUUCAGUUUCAGAGGAAGAGCUGUUAAAUUCAAUCAGGAAAUUAAACCAUGAUGAAAACGUAGACGGCCUCCUGGUUCAGCUGCCACUCCCAGAGCACAUUGAUGAGAGGAAGAUCUGCAAUGCCGUUUCUCCCGACAAGGAUGUUGACGGCUUUCACGUCAUUAACGUGGGGCGAAUGUGCUUGGACCAGUACUCCAUGCUACCAGCAACCCCGUGGGGCGUGUGGGAGAUAAUUAAGCGAACUGGCAUUCCAACCUUAGGGAAGAACGUGGUUGUAGCUGGCAGGUCAAAAAACGUUGGAAUGCCGAUUGCUAUGUUGCUGCACACUGAUGGAGCACAUGAACGGCCUGGAGGUGAUGCCACAGUUACAAUAUCUCACCGAUACACUCCCAAAGAGCAGCUGAAGAAGCACACGACCCUUGCAGACAUUGUGAUAUGUGCCGCCGGCAUUCCAAAUCUGAUCACAGCCGACAUGAUCAAGGAAGGGGCAGCAGUCAUCGAUGUGGGCAUAAACAGAGUUCAAGACCCUGUCACCGGAAAGCCCAAGUUGGUUGGAGAUGUGGAUUUUGAAGGCGUCAAGGAGAAAGCCGGUUACAUCACUCCUGUCCCUGGGGGUGUUGGUCCCAUGACGGUGGCCAUGCUAAUGAAGAACACCAUUAUUGCUGCCAAGAAAGUGCUGAGGCCUGAAGAGCUGGAGGUGCUGAAGCCCAAGCAGCGUGGAGUUGCCACCAACUAGCAGUACUCCAUUCUAGUCCGAGAGGCAACGUGGGCCAAGAGGAAUGCAGUAUUUUUAAUUUAUUCUGUUGAAAUGGUUUAAAAUGAUGUUUGUAUUUAUUGAAAGCUUAAACGGGUGGAUGUGUGUGCGCAUGGCUCUGCAGAACCUCACCAGGGUGCCCAUCCGAGUCCUGCCGUCGGCCUGGUGAUGCAUGGGACACAUCCUCACACUGAGAGUGGAUGCUGAACGGCAUCGGAAAACCUGCCUUCUUAGACGCUCAUUUCCCAAGUGCUAUUUCAAUACGAGUUGAUGACUCAUCUGAGGUUCCAAGCCUUCCGAGUUCAACUUUCAAACCAAAGGAAAACUGACUAGAGAAAAUUAGGGGGAAGGAAGAAACGGCAGCAGAGUGGAGGACGGCACUCCCUUGCUUCCUGUGCACCCCGACUCGUGAGCAGGUUUCUCUGAGGAGAGCUCAGUUGGCUGGGUUGGAG